AUAAUCAAGACAGCCAAGCAGCGGGUCAUAGAGCAAAAUAAAACACCAGCUGGGAUCUCCAACACUGGCUGUUCUCCAGGACAAAAAUGGCGCGGCUUAUCACCAGGCAGGAGCACGACUCCAGCAUCGUCAUCGUCGGCUGCGGAUUAGCGGGUCUGGGAGCUGCCCAGAGGCUCCUGCAGCAUGGCUUCAGCAAGAUCCGGCUGCUGGAGGCCACCGAACGGUGCGGCGGCCGCGUCUGGAGCGGGCAGUUCGGUGAGAUCUCGCGCCAUCUCCUCCUCCCCGCCUCGCGCGGCACACUCCCCUCCUUUCGAAACUCAACGGCUGCCCUUCGCGCCCGACUGACCGAGGAGGGCGGAACCUUGAGGAACCUUUUAAACGGAAGGUCGCCGUUACCCAGCUCGCCCACUUGGAUCUCGGAUCAUGAUGGAGCUAAAGGUUUGGUGGAGAUUGGAGCACAGUGGAUCCAUGGGCCAUCUAAGCAGAAUGCCGUGUUUCACUUAGCCAGCCAAUAUAAUCUUCUGGAUGAAGAAGCAAUGUCAGAGGAUAACGAGGCUGUACAAAGAAAUGGACAACCACCUGAUGUAUCAACCUAUUACACCAGCUCAGGAAAAAAAGUAGGGCGAGAAAUAACGGCUCCCUUGGAAGAAUUGUAUUCAACACUUAGGGCAAAAAGUACGAAGUUCUUCCAGUCAAAGACACAACCUGUCCACAGUUUGGGUGAAUUCCUAAAACUUGAAAUUGCCAGGUGUGCUGAAGCUUGGAAGGGUGAUGAGGAAAUGUGUAACCUUAAACUUGCUGUGCUGAAUACAGAAUUCAAGAUGGAGUGUUGUAUCUCUGGAACGGACAGCUUGGAUCUGGUAGCACUCCAGCCUUUUGGAGAGUAUGUGGUGUUAUCUGGAAUUGAUUGUGUUUUUCCAGGUGGAUUUGCAAGCCUUGUUGAUGCAAUAAGGAGAUCUCUGCCAAAGGAUAUUAUAUCGUACGACAAGCCAGUUAAAUGCAUCCAUUGGAAUGGAUCCUUCAAAGCACCUAAUACACCGGACUAUUCUUACUCCGUUCUGGUGGAGUGUGAAGAUGGGGAAACUAUACCAGCGGAUCAUGUUAUUGUCACUGUUCCUUUAGGUUUCCUUAAGGAACAUUAUAAAACUUUUAUUCAUCCCCCAUUUCCUCCCAGUAAAAUCGAUUCCAUUCAGAAACUGGGCUUUGGAACAAAUAAUAAAAUCUUCCUUGAAUUUGAGGAGCCGUUUUGGGAACCAGAAAGUCAACUGGUUAGACUGGUCUGGGAGGAUGAGUCUCCACUGUUCAGCACACGGCCAGAUCUACAAAAGGAGUGGUUCAGAAAGAUAUUAGGUUUUAUUAUUCUACGGCCUGUGGAAAGGUAUGGCCAUGUCAUUUUAGCUGUACUUGCUGGUGAGGAAGCUAACUAUAUGGAGAGUCUAUCAGAUUGUGAAGUCAAAAAUUGUUUGACACAAAUCAUACGUAAAUUCACAGGAAACCCACUGAUACCUCCACCAAAGGGCAUUAUUCGAUCAAGAUGGUAUAAUGAUCAAUACACAAGGGGAUCAUAUAGUUACACUGCAGUUGGAAGUUCAGGGGAUGAUAUAGAUGUCAUUGCUCAGCCUCUCCCAUUUACAUCUACACAAGGACAGCCUUUGCAGGUGCUUUUCGCUGGUGAAGCUACUCACCGGACAUUUUAUUCCACUACCCAUGGUGCCUUGGAGUCGGGUUGGAGGGAAGCAGAUCGCCUGAAUAACCAUUAUGUGUCAUUAACUUCCGUGAAUUAAAAAUUCAUAAAACUUUGUAACAAUCUACCACAGUGCACCUGUCAUCUCUAUCUUUAAUAAAAUCUACAUGGUAUCCAAACUUUUAAAUUGUGUUAGAGAUUGAAAGUGUAGAUAUAAAGAGUGCUUAAAUGAAUUGUAUUCCUAUGCAUGAAUGAAAAAUUCUAUGCUAACAAAUUAGUGUCAAGGUUCGAGAAACAUUUUGGACCUAGCUGACCAUAGAUAAGAAUUGAUUGGUGGCAACCAGAAGGAUUAAGAAACUUUGUUCAGAAAGGAGUGUGUGAAAGCACCUGAUCAAGAUGUAAAACAUAUUUGGUAUCUUCUAAAGUAAAACUUAUGAGUUCAAGACUCAAACCAGAUGGUAUGCUGUUCUUGAGCCAUACUACAUCCACUCUGUCUGAGCUUGUUUCUUUCUCCAUCCCCAUUCUCAUAUUUCCCCACUACCAGUUUUCUAUAUUCUUACUCUCCUAGCACAUACAAAACUCCUGCUGGCUCUUUUUCCUCUUCUACUGAUCCCUUUGUAUAGAUUAUGAUCUACAUCAUUUAACUGAUUCUUGAAUGAAUGUAUUUUUUUCAUUUCCAUCACCCAAACUGAAAGUCCAAUCUAUAUGCUUGUCCAAGCAUUGUUGAAUGUUUCUCUUUGCUAUUUUUAACCAAUGUUUUGAUAUUCUUUAUACCUCGAGGUAAUGCUCUGACUUACCAAAGUUCAUGACUUUAUCAUGGAUAGAAUUUGUGUCUUAAUAGUGUCUGUGAUCUUUGUGUUUUUAUUUUCUUACCCUCAGUGUGGUUUCUCCAUUUAAACAAUUCCAGAAGCAGACUUUGGGAAUAUAAAAAUAAAGAUUGUAUGAUCAUACAAGUGUUCUGGGAGAUUUUAAUCCAACAUCUCACACAUACUGUCAAAGGUGAGAUACAGGUAAAGUAAAAAACAAUGAUUACAAUGAAUAAAUAUUUUAGUCUCUUUCAUAGUAGGGCUGUGGUUUCAUCGAAGAAUUGACACUUUAGCUAAUGUGGAGAUCUUGUGGAAGCAGAGAGUCCUCCGUAAGCUGCAAGGUGUUUGUAGUUGAAUGUCAAGGAGGUUGGCUCUAAGGUGAACUUGCAGCUGCAACAGGUUGGGGCUGGGGGCUGGGGGCUGGGCAGGCACAUCUUACUUUCAAGGUAUAGUUUUUACCUGAAAGGACACUGGACUCAACAUUAACUCUGUUUUCUCUCAACUGAUGCUGCUGGACCUGCUGAGUUUCUCCAGCCAAUUUUCUAUUUUAGCUUUUACCUGGACUGCUCGGUUAUCUUGCAGCUGGUCUAUCCUUUACAAAGGAACCAGUGAAUUUCAUGAGUGACUGUGAUUGCCCAAAGUUUGAUUAGGUAUGACUAGAGGGUCUUUGAUUCUCCAGUCACUCUUUGUAACUCAUUCCUUUAGUGGUAGUGUGGCUUUAUUUUCUGUAGUAUUUCCAUGACUUGAAUGUUUUAUUUCUUGGUGACCAGAACUGAAAAAGUGAAAAUUAUGCUGAAGUUGCGAUGUUGUAGAUUUACAUCAGAUCAUUAUAUGUGAGCUCAGAAAUUGCAAUAUCUACCAUGCACCAACCACCAACAGCUUCUUUGAUGCCGUAUUAUCCGUGAUUAAAAUGUUUUAUUGUACAUCCUGGUAAUCACAAAUCCAAUGUUAUUGAUCACUUAAAUUGAAAAUGUCUUUGUUCUUAAGAUCGCUCCUUUUUUAAAUUAAUGUUGUUUAAAAAUCUCUUUAGUAGAGUACUGUAUCUUUGUUUUGUCAAACCAUCCAGAAAUUUAUUUAAAACUAUUGUAUGUUAUGGUGAAAUAAUUUUGAGUUUCAAAUUUGAUACUCUAAUAUGCAGAAAAUACGUGAAUUUUCUAUCCACGUAAAGAAAGAAUAAAGCUAUCAAGCAUCGAUAUGAA